GUACGAAGGUGUAUAAGGAUGGCGAAUCACGACAGCGUGUUCCCAUCAAUGUGAGGAGGUUGAUUGACCAGUGCCACUACCUCUUCCCAGCUGAGUUGGAUCCUGAUGUAGCAUUCAACAAGAGAAUAACUGCUAAUGGUUUCAUUCUAGUGGAGGAGGCCCUGGAUAGGCUAAGGGUCAUUCGAGGCCUUACUGAUGACCAAAUCCUAGGGUGGGAGGCUCAGCAUAACGCCGCAGUGGUCCUCCAAUCCCAUCUACGAUACCAUCUAGCGUCCAGAAAGCUAUUGGAAAGGAAUAGACUCGGGCAGAGGGCAGUCGAUUGGCUGUUGGGAGAGGUGGAGCAAAGAUUCGAGAAAGCCCUAGUUGCUGCUGAGGAGGGUGUUGGCACCAUCGCGGCGCAGAGUAUUGGAGAGCCCGCCACCCAGAUGACUUUGAACACUUUCCAUCUCGCCGGUGUUU